GUUCUCAUAUAAGAAAACCCAUCAACAGACUUGAUUCUUCCAAACUCCCAAGCUCCAAAUCCUGAUCCUAACCUCUCUCUCUCCCUCCCUCCCAUUUUCGUAUGAUUUUCUAGUACUCAUGGCUGCAACGAGAAAGGAUGUGGAUCGGAUCAAGGGUCCGUGGAGCCCUGAGGAGGAUGAUGCUUUGCAGAAGCUUGUACAGAAGCAUGGUCCCCGCAACUGGUCUUUGAUUAGUAAAUCCAUUCCUGGGAGAUCCGGGAAGUCGUGUCGGUUGAGGUGGUGCAACCAACUCUCCCCUCAGGUGGAGCACAGGGCGUUUACGUCGGAAGAGGAUGACACUAUUAUGCGAGCCCAUGCUCGGUUCGGCAACAAAUGGGCCACCAUCGCUCGUCUCCUAUCGGGCCGCACCGAUAACGCGAUAAAGAACCAUUGGAACUCCACUUUGAAGAGGAAGUGUUCCGCCAUCACCGAAGACGGUAGCUUUGGAGGGGAUUAUCCACCCCACCCGUUGAAAAGAUCGGUCAGCGCCGGAGCUGCUGCUCCGGUGUCGGGCCUUUAUCUCAGCCCCAGCAGUCCCUGCGGAUCUGACGUCAGCGAUUCUAGUCUUCCCGUGGUGAGCUCAUCACAUGUGUACCGCCCCGUGGCGAGAACCGGCGGGAUCAUACCUCCCGAAACGACGUCGUCCUCAAACGACCCUCCAACUUCUCUCUCCCUCUCUCUUCCGGGGGUCGAUUCGUGCGAGGUUUCCAACCGUGCACCGGAACCCAACCAUGCACCGCCUGCAAACCCUAUUCAGAUGAUACCUACGAUGGCUCCUUUGCAGCAGAUUCCGAUGCACCAACACAACCAGCCAGCGACGGUGCCGGCUACAGUCCUCUCCCAGGGGGAGAAACCAUUUAUCCCCUUCAGUGCAGAGCUGUUAGCUGUGAUGCAAGAGAUGAUAAGAAAGGAAGUGAGAAACUACAUGGCAGGGCUUGAACAGAAUGGGGUAUGCUUGCAAGCAGAUGGGAUUAGGAACGCGGCAGUGAAGCGCAUCGGCAUCAGCAAGAUCGAGUAGAAGUUUGAACAGAGAGUUUGAGAGAGAGAAAACAAUGGAGAAAAAACCCCAUCUUUGUUUUUUCUUCAGACCAUGGUUUCGGUUUCUAUAUACAGAGGAAAUAAUUUUGGUCAUUGUACAGAGAGAAGAAGAACAAGAGAGAGGCUAUGAAUCACCCAUCCAAAUCAAAUCCUAGUUGGGGGAAAGAAAGAGAGAUUGCACAAAUUCGAGGCUUUGAUCCAUUAUCAUCUCUCGGCCUUUGUUUAGCAAGUGUUUUAGGCACAAAGAACAUGCAGCAACGAAUUCAGAAGCAACCCAAAAAACAAAAACAGAAAAAAAAAAAAAAAAAACCCAAAAUGCUUUAAAUUUCAAUCCAAGUCAUAUUUGCUUCUAAUUUUAUCUCGUUGUGGGUUUUUUGUUUUCAAGUUUAUCUGGAAUGAUUAAAAAAAAAGAAAAAAAGAACAGGACACCUCUGUCUGGCUCAAAGGCUCAAAGACAAAUUAUAUGAACAGGGGACAUAAGGUCAUUUCAGUGA